AUGGCCUCCAACCCAGUUCUCAACUCCGAGAACAUUUCCAAGAUCACCGAAGCCGAAAAGAAAAUCACCAACUCUGACGAAGUGGUCAAAGGGGGUCCAACAGCUCAAGCCCAAUCCCACGCUGGCGAGCCCAUAAACUCUCAGACCCUGCACGACAUCACAGAAGGCGAGAAGAAGACAACAGGUGGAGAACGCAUCAAAGGUGGUCCAACGUCGACUGCUCAAUCUAUCCUUGCCCGGGAACGUAACGGUACUUCUUCCAACACCGACAACACUCCAGCAACGGGCACACUAGACAGUAGCACCAUCUCCAAGAUCACAGACGCCGAGAAAGGCCUCAGUGGCUCUGCCAACCCUAUUGCUGGUGGUCCAACUGCUCAAGCCCAGAAGCAUGCCAAUGAACCCAUCAACCAUGACACCCUUCACGAUAUCACUGAGGGAGAGAAGAAGGUGACUGGUGGUGCCAGACCUGUUGCUGGUGGGCCGACUGCCACUGCCCAGAGCGAGUUGAACAAGAGUCGUUCUUGA